CCCAAGUCCAAAUAUUCAUAAUUCCCGCGGCGAUUCAUCUCCAUCUUUAUUCAAUUCCGUAGAGCUGAGCCAUACCAUCCCGGAGUUCCUCUGCAGUUCGUACUUCAUUUCGGGAACACUACAGCGUUUUCAGGUCAUUUCAGAUCGGAGUAUAAUUGGAAUUAUUGCCUGAAAUUUUGAAAGAGACAACGCAAAUUUGAGGUCAAUCGCGGGGCUCUCAGGCAUACAAUUCAGAAUGGAAGCUGAAGGAAUUGAAAUCUCAAAGAAACGUAUGAAACCUUCUGUGAAGGAAAUGGAUGAGUCUGAAGGUGCUAUUGCAAAGGUUGCUGAAGAGGAAGCUGAAACAAACACCAUGGCUUCUGAACAAGUGGAACUAGAGAUUGCUCAAAUUCUAGAAAAGAUCAAUAGAUUUACUCAGCUGGUGUCUGAGAUGCUUGAAUCAGGGAAGUCCAUGCUGAAGGAAGUAAGCAAUGAAUUUGAAGAACGAGUGAUUUUAAUACACCAGGAGCAGAUGGAAAAAUGGCAGGAGGAAAUCAAGGAGCUGCGCUUGCUUGAUGCCUCAAAUGAGGAGGCUGAUGCUCUUCUACAGAAUGCCAGAUACCUACUUCAGAAUGUCCAUGGUGACUCGUGAAGGUAAACUUCAAUUUAAAGCAUGAGUUUCUUUACUUCUCUCUAAUUUCACUAUGAUGUAUUUACACAAGAUUUGUAGUUAAAAUUAGAUGGCAUUUAAAUAUUUCUGCUGAAUAUGAACGCUCCAACAUGGAUUACAUUUUGACAUAAGAAGCCUAUGGUUCUAGGCUGUUUUGAAACAUAUUACAUGAAUACUAAGUAGCCUUCAUGUCUUA